CAGAGAUGGACGCUACAAGGAAACCCCUGCGAAUCCCGCCGGCUAUGGCACUGUAUGCGGAGGAGCAGGGAGUGUUUGAUAUUAUUCAGAAAAUGGUGAAGAAGGUUCUAGUGGACAGACCCAAAGACCCAAUCCAGUACAUGAUUGAUCAUCUCUCCAAUGAUAAUGAUGAUGUACCUAGAGUUUUCAUUCUGGGCCCUCCUGCAUCCGGAAAGCACACUAUGGCGAAGCUGCUAUGUAAGCGUCUGAAUGCCACUCACCUCACUCCUGAGAGCGUCUUGUCAAGUGAUGUGUCUUUGCUGGCGAAGGAAGCACAGUCAUACAGAGAUAAAGGCCAGGAAGUCCCAGAUGAGCUGUGGGCCAAGCUGAUGCAACAGCGACUGUCAAAAGUGGACUGCAUUAAACGAGGAUGGAUUUUGGAAGGGUUCCCCAAAACACGAGAGCAAGCGCUAAAGCUGCAGAUGGCUGGAAUAUGCCCUGACCAUUUAGUUGUGCUGGAUGCUCCAGAUAUUGUCCUGAUUGAGAGAAAUAUGGGGAAAAGGAUUGAUACUGCAAAUGGAGAGGUCUAUCACACCACCUUCGACUGGCCCAGUGACCCCACAGUGCAGAGGAACUUGGUGGAACCAGAGGGAAUCUCUGAGGAGGAAACUGGACUACGGCUCAUAGAGUACCACAGAAAUAUCCCAGGCAUAUUGCGCACUUACCCAAAGACGUCCAAGAAGAUAAACGCAGACCAGCCAUACAUGGAUGUCUUCUCACAAGUGCUGACGUUUGUUUUAAGCAAGCCAAGGUCCUUGGCACCUCACACACCUCGAAUACUCCUGUACGGGCCCCCGGGCAGUGGGCGGAGCCUCCAGGCGUCGUUGCUGGCGCAGAAGUAUGGCAUUGUCAACAUUUGCUGUGGCCAAGUGCUGAAAGAAGCGGUUGCUGACCAAACGAAACUUGGAGAGGUCAUCCAGCCUUACAUUGAGAAUGACCAGCAAGUGCCAGAUAACCUUGUCUUGAAGAUCUUAACAGAACACCUUAGUAGUCUGGAGUCUGCUACACACGGCUGGGUUCUACAUGGAUUCCCACGAGACACUGACCAGGCUGCUCUGCUGAAAGAUGCAGGGUUUGUGCCCAACAGGGUCUUCUCUCUGGAUCUCUCAGACGAUGUUGUCAUAGAGCGUCUGUCUUUGUGCAUGACAGAUCCCGUCUCAGGAGAGAGGUACCACGACAUAUACAAGCCCGCGCCCAGUUCGGAGGUACACGAGCGCCUGCAGCAGAACCCCAGGCAUUCGGAGCAGAGGGUUCAGGCGAGGCUAGACAUGUACCACGCUAACGCCGAGGAGCUGGACGAGUUUUAUCCGGAUGUCAUUCACAUUAAUGCUGAUCAAGACCCUUACACGGUGUUUGAGUUCAUCGAAAGCUACACUGUCAGCCCCCUGCCCAGGCCUCUCCCCGAGGAGCCCACAUCUCCCUAAUGACUUGCAGCGUAUGCACUGUUAGUCUGGAUUAACUGGCGGCAUCACAGGAAGGCGACACUGAGCCCUUCCCCUCCUGUUAGUCCCUUCCCGAUGUCCCCCCUACCUCCCAGAAUGGAAUAUUCCCGCUCAGUUGGCUUCCUGCCAAAAUAAAUACACCAACAGUUCAUUAUCCCAAGGUAA